GAGACAGAGAUAGAGAGACUUGAGGAGCAAACUGUGGAUCGCGUGGAUAUUUCUCCCAAAUCUCAUCCAUCUCAGUCGUUCUGGUUUUCAGUUUCAUAAGCUUUCAUUUCGGUAGAAGUUGGCUCCUUUUCUGAGAAUAGAAAUUCAAAAUUGGUUGGAGAUUUGGGAAAGUAGUAGCCUACUACAGUUUGAUUUGACAUUGAGAUGAGUGGUUACAACAAAGGAGAAGGCCAUGUACCAAAUAUUUGGUGUUCUGAUAAGGCAACUUCUAGAAUGAGAUAUAACAACCAAACUACGCAAAAAUUCACAGAUCCGACUCCAGUCGACAGUGUGAGAGCCAGUGACAGUUUUCAAAAUUUGAGUCAUGCUGAUGUUAUACCAGUUUCCACCCAUGCAAAUUUUGAUGCAUUAGUCCAAUUACCCGAAGGUGAUUCUGCAGUGGAUCUUGAUUUUGGUGAUGCACUUCUCAAGUAUAUAAAUCAUAUCCUCCUGGAAGAGGAUUUGGAAGAGGAAACGUUCAUGCUUCGAGAGUCUUCUGCACUUCAAGCUGCAGAAAAAUCAUUUUACGAGGUCAUUGGAGAACAAUAUCCUGCAGCCACAGAUUAUCAGUAUGGAUCAAAUUUUGACAAGAUCAUUGAGAACCCUGAUAAAAACUUGUUUGGUGUAAAUGAUUCCACUGGUUUUUAUGAUUCAGGAACACUACUUCCUGAUUUGAAUUCUGAUUCUGACUGCAGUAGUGGGAUGUACAUAUAUCAUGAUACUUCCGAAAGAAAUUCACAGUCGACUUCUCAGUCCUCUUAUGCUUCAUCAAAUUCACAGUCGACUUCUCAGUCUUCUAAUGCUUCAUCAAGUAGAAGUGGAACCCAGGGUGCAAUAGAUUCUCCUGUGAACACCCUUAUAAUCCCUGAUAUAUUUGGUGAUAGUCAAUCAAUUAUGCAGUUUAAGAAGGGAGUCGAAGAAGCAAGCAAGUUUCUUUCUAAAGGAACUAACUUAGUUGCUGGUUUGAGGUAUGAUGCUCUGUUGCCGAAGGAAGGCUCUGCUAAUCUUUCAGUCAAAGUGGACAGCAAAAUUGGUAAUGAUGAAGUUGUUGAUGCGUUAAGUGGGAAGAGGAAUCCACACUAUGAAAAUAUGGGUUUGGAAGAGGAAAGGAGUAACAAACAGUCAGCCGUUUUUGUUGAAUCAACUGUGAGCUCAGACAUGUUUGAUAGGGUCCUCCUAUAUGCAGACACCGACCUCCGUGAAGCAUUCAAUGAGAUAGCCAUAAACGAGAAACAUAGUGGUCAAUCAAAGGGACCUAGUGGCAGAAAAAGUGGUGGUAGGAAGAAGCAAGGCAAAAGGAAUGUGGUAGAUAUGAGUACCCUUCUGACUCUUUGCGCACGAGCUGUUGCAGCAGAAGACCGGAGGACUACAAAUGAACUUCUGAAGCAGAUCAGGCAGCAUGCUACGCCAUCAGGAGAUGGAAUGCAGAGGCUAGCACAUUAUGUUGCUGAUGGACUUGAGGCACGUAUGGCUGGAUCUGGUAGUCAGAUAUAUGAAACGCUUCUUAGGCGGCCUAUUCAUGCUUCUAAAGUGUUAAAAUCAUAUCUUACAUAUCUUGGUACAUGUCCGUUCAGGAAUAUCACUAAUUUCUUUGCGAAUAAGACCAUUCUGAAUGUCUCUGAGAAAGCCUUGAAACUCCACAUUAUUGAUUUUGGUGUUCUCUAUGGAUUUCAAUGGCCUUCCUUUCUGCAAAAGCUCUCGAUGAGACCUGGUGGACCCCCUAAACUUCGUUUCACCGGUGUUGAUUUUCCCAUUCCAGGUUUUCGCCCAUCCAUAAGGGUUGAAGAGACUGGAAGACGUUUGGCUAGUCAUGCUAAGACCUUUGGAGUUCCAUUUGAGUUCCAUGCUAUUGCUCAAAAGUGGGAAACAAUUAAACUUGAAGAUCUUAAGAUCCAGAAAGAUGAGAUGGUGGCUGUGAGCAGUCAUUUUAAAUUAAGGGAUCUGCUGGAUGAAACUGUUGUGGUGAACAGUCCAAGAGAUACGGUAUUGAACCUUAUCAGGGAGACAAAUCCUGCCGUUUUCGUUCUGGGGAUAAAGAAUGGUGGCUACAAUGCCCCCUUUUUUAUCUCGAGAUUCCGUGAGCUACUCUUUUACUACUCAUCUAUUUUCGAUAUGCUAGAUUCUAUUAUUCCCCGAGGAAUUCAAGAGAGAAUGCUGCUUGAGGAAUAUUUAUUUGGGCGGGAGGUAAAGAAUGCAAUUGCAUGUGAAGGUGCUGAGCGGAUUGAGAGACCAGAGACAUACAAGCAAUGGCAGGUCCGACUUAUAAGGGCUGGCUUUGAGAAGCUUCCUCUGGACGCAGAGAUAACGACAAUGGCUAGAAAUAGAGUUGAAUCAUCCUACCACAAGGACUUUGUGGUAGCUGAAGACAGUCAGUGGUUGUUGCAGGGGUGGAAGGGACGCAUUCUUUACGCUGGAUCUUCUUGGGGACCAGCUCGUCAAAGCUCAUAAAUUUCGUAUAUGAUGCCAAGAUAAUCAACCGCUGGACAUUCCAACUUCUUCAACACCAUUGGAAUAUGAACUUCCUUCUCUUUGCAAGGAAGGUAUUAUUUAUUCGGCUAUCUACUGGAAUGCUACACUGUUUCUAAAUAUAUUUCAGUUGUCUAGCUUCUUAAAUUAAUUUUAUUUCGCUCCUUUAGCUGGUAAGUGAGAGUUUGCUGAUCCUGCGCGCUUCAGCUGUCAAUCGGGCUGUAGAACCACAUUGGUGAUGCAACACGUUCGCCCAACAGUCUCUGUGCUAACUGCCACCAUACUUCCAUGCUAUACUAGAACGUUCGAGGGUGGUUGAAGUGGAAAACAUUUGACAAUAUUAACAGGUAACUGCUCUAGGGGUUCGUCACAUGUAGUCUGUCAAGGUAAUGCCGUGCUAUGUGAUGUCGUAGAAGGCUCGUUUCGUGUAGUGAUUGUUAGCUAUUUUUUUGAUGUACUCAUAACCAGCUUGAUCAUAGAAAUGGCAAAGUAGUUUAAUUA